AUGGAACAGAACGAGGGGUUGAUGAUUGGAGGGGCGAGGAAGAGGAGGGUGAAGAGGGUGAUCAUGUCCAGAGGAGGUUUGGUGAUUGCAUCGCUGUGCGCUGUGGCGGCAGUUGCAAUCAUCCUUUCCAAGAGCGGGGACUUGCGGGUGAAUCAAAGGUCAUCCCCUCCUGUGCUAGAGUCGGUGGAUCCAUAUGUGUUGGAGAAGAGGCUGAUCGCGGGCAAAGCUGAGACGCCCCUGCGGCAAAAGGCGGAACGAUACCUGAAACAGGCCAGGGAAAGUUUCUCAAAGCGCAAUCCAGAGAUCCAGAAGCUCAUUGCCAAGGCCGAGAGCAUCGACUCAAGGUUGGCGAGUCAAUCUGCUGCAGAAGCUAGAAUCCAGAAGCAGUUGGACCAAGCCAAACGACAGAUUCGCGGGCUUGCCAACACAAAGAGGGAGAAGUCCGGUUUGCACAUGACGAUUGGCUGGCCUCAAAGAGGCGGAGCCAUGCCAACGACCUAUGGCAAGUUCGGACUUGACCAGGCUGAUUCGAACAAGGCGAUCGAUUCGAGCAAUGAGAUGUAUGUCAACAAUGAUGACGACGAGCGCCGUAACUCCGCCAGGGAUGUCGCUGGGACCUACAUUCGUGAAAACAGCGAUGUUGGCUCCAGCGAUGCUGACGACUACAACGAUGAUUCACAAUACGACGAUCAGGACCAGUCCGAUUACAACUCGCCAGCUGUGACCAUCGGCGUUGUCGACGGAAGAAGUGGCAAGGAAGUCUUCUAUCCCGAGGAGCCGUCGUCUUGGAUCCUUCCCUUCACCUGGUUCAUGCGUGGGUCCGAUGACAAGCCAGCUGCCUCCAGCACCCCAGCUGCGGAUCAGCAGAUCGUCAAGACUCCGGAAGUGGAAAGGAUUGACAGGCUGUUGAAGAUUAGAAGGAAGGAGAAAGCCUUGGAGGAGGAAAAAGAGAACCUGAUGGACAGGCUGUACGAUGAUGCAACCAACGGAAGGCUGAGCACCCAAGACGGCUCUCAGGCUGCAGAAGCCUUCUCUGCUGGAUUCUUGCAGGUGAGGCUUGUGAAACUACAGGGUGCAAGGGAGAUGACCAGGAAGAGUGUGAAGGCGCAGGGAGAGUUUGCCGAGCAGCUGCAGAGACAAUCGGAGAUCGUCGAUGAGCUCGAGAAGGUCGUCCGCGAGCUCGAAGCUGCGCAACAGAAGAAGGAUUUCGAGGCAACAGCAGCCUCUGCAGCGGGCAAGAAGGAGGAGAAGAGUGAGGAGAAGGAGGAGAAGGAAGACGAUGAGGAGAGGGACAAGAAGGAGCAGAAGCCGAAGAAGAUCCAGAUCGACUUCUACAUGGAGGCAGGGUGUCCGGGCUGCAAGGCUUUCACCACUUCAGUUCUCACAGAUGUCCUCAAUGCCGUCGGGGACUACGUGAACCUGCGGGCCAUCCCCUACGGCAAUGCGCAGCUGAACAACAGCGUAAUCAAGUGCCAGCAUGGAGAGGACGAGUGCGUGGGUAACAAGAUCGAGCUGUGCAUGAUGGACAAGUACGGGAAGAACAACGACUGGCAGGCCUGGUUCCCUGCCUUCAAGUGCAUCGAGAAGUCCGACGAAACUCCUCUCAACGCCUCGCGCACGUGCCUGGCCGACAGCGGGAUGGACGUGAACGCCAUCAUCCAAUGUGCCACUGGCAACGAAGGGGACCUCCUCCAUAUGCAGGCUGCCAAGCAGACCAUUGACCUCGACCCUCCUCACACCUUCACGCCUUGGAUUGUUCUCGACGGGGCUCCAGUCAAGGACAAGGUUAUGGACCUCCUCAGCCUCGUCUGCGAAAAGCUUGCUCCCGAAACAAAGUCCAAGAUCCCACAGUGCAACCCCAAGUUCAAGGCAACAGCUGGCAGCACUUCCUUGUCCUCUAGGCCGAGGAGGAAGAUCAAGUUCUGCUACCCCAACGAUCCCUUGUCGAGGUUGCUUGCCCACUAGACUCUGCCUUUAUCAUAUCGUAUCAAACCUCUUGUUUCUCCCU